UUCUGCACGAUGCCGGGCGUUACUGUCAAAGAUGUGGACCAACACGUUCUGACCAAAGUGCUGUCUGACUUCCUAAAAAAAUCGGGAAAGAUUACCGUACCCGAGCAGGCUGAUUACAUUAAGACGGCUAAGUUUAAGGAAACGGCGCCGACUGACCGCGACUGGUUCUAUACUCGCUGCGCCUCCAUAAUGCGCCAUCUGUACUUUCGUAGUCCGGCUGGUGUGGCCGCCCUCACCAAGGUGUACAGUGGACGCAAGCGCAAUGGGGUGAUGCCAGCAAAGUAUUGCCGCUCAUCGGACGGCUGCAUCCGCAUGGCUUUUCAUGCACUCGAAGCGGCGCGCAUGAUUGAGAAGCAUCCCGAGGGUGGCCGCAAGCUUACGCCCACUGGACAGCGCGACAUGGACCGCUUGGCCAACCGCAUUGUGGCAAAUCAACGUAAAGUCGACGACAAGCCUCUCGUCCUCUCCAUUGCAGACGAUUAGAGCCAAAUGAGGCCAGACACAAAUCCGCACAAAUACAGGAAUAUAAAAUGA